UGGAGAUGACGGGGGGGAGUGAUAAUCAGGAGACUUUGAAGCUCACACCAACCAAGCCAUCUCGAAUGCCAUUUACCGUUCUUUACCUACCUUCCUCCCCUAAUUCCCCUUGCAAAGCACAUGAUUCGUGAUGCCCCCCUCGGAGAAGAGCGUCUCAGCACGCGCAUCAGCAUCGAUUCGCGGACGGGUGAGAACCGCAGACCGGGCACCCGUUUUGCUCGUCGCACGGGGCGGCGACACCCGCCCCCUGAUCGUCGCCGGUCCGGCAGCUGUAGUCGUAGUAGCGGAGGGUCGUCGCACGGCGGGUUUGUCGGCGGGUGGAGGCACCGAUGUAGAGGAGAUUGAACAAGCACGAGUAAGGAGAGGAAUGAAGCUGAGCUGCGAGAUGCGCGCACAUGAGUCGAGGUUCAGGACAGGACGCAGGGCUCUCACUCAGGAGAGCGAUGGACGGGGGAGGGACAUGGGUACGGGCCGGGAGGGCUGGUCGCACGGAAGAGGAGCUAUGGGCGUUUUGGGGAGGGAUGAGGUCAUUGGGGAUGGGGGGGAUGUAGAUGACAAUUUGGGUGAUUGGGAUUUGGGAAGAGAUUUAUUGAUUAUGAUAUUGAUUGAUUUGAGGAGAGGAGAGGAGAGAAGGGGAAGUGGAAGAGGAGGGGAGGGGAGGGAAGGGGAGGGGAUGGUUGAAUUGAUGGAUGGGUAG